CCUAAGAUUUAUUACUGAUUUCUGUGAUAAGACCCGGAGGCCGGGGAGGCUUAUUGGAAAAAGUGGAACCACGACUUGGACUGAGAAUUCCCCUACAGGAAAAUAGCGAGUACACGGACCGUGUAACCGGUACAUGAUGUAGUUCCAGUGCGGUUACCGUAAUUCUGUUUGGACACCUAACUCAGUAAGUGACCAUCGGUUCCAUCCACACGACUUGUAAACCAUGCUACAUACCCUGUUUGGAGUAAAAGGAACCCAUACGAGCGUGACACUGAGAUGAUCGAAAGAUAAACAUUUGGACGUAAGUGAUACUUUUAAAGGGAUUAAACACGAGUGAAUAUACAGUUGUAAGACCUUGCCAUGUUUUGACAGCAAAACACGGCUGUUUUUGUGACUGGGGUACAGUUUAACUCUAGACUUACUUUAGGAAUUUGGGACUUAUCCGGAACUUCGUACUAGAACAUUGGUUUGUUCUUAGUGUAAUAUUGAGCCUUUACAAUCUACCCGAUAUACGUAUUGUUGACAACGGUAUUACCACGAUCCGAGAUUUAGUUUAAUGGGAAUUUGCGGAUAUACGUGUGAAGUUUGACAUUUGUUACGUUAAUAAACACUGGGGCGUUUUUGUCGCCGUCCUAAUGGUAUGACGGCGUUUUGGUGGCAUGCCGAGAAGAAGUACCAGAAAGAAGACACCUGUCACAUUGUUUCGGGUCAGAAGUGUGAACCUAGACCCAGUACCUUGUUAGUGUGCUCCUAGUACCCCGCUGUGGGUCGACUUCCUUUUGUCAGCAAGUGAAAUACUGGGGUGACCUUUACAGAGCUCAGUGUCAUCCUCCGAUAAUUACAACCAAGUCUCACUGACGUGUCGGGAGACUUUUGGUGACAAACGACAGUAAACAAUACCCAUGAGAGGUCGCUACCCGUGACGCUAGUACGGUACUCUAAACUGAUGUAUCGGGAUUAGUGAUAAAGCUAGCAUUGUUUACUGGUUUAACAGCAGGUUCUCGUAGAUUUAGUAGUAUUAUCGGGAGUUAUCAGCACUUGAGGAAAAUCUGAUUGUUUUGACGUAACGUUAUUUCUCAUCGUGCCGAAAAAUAUUGUGAUUAAGAAAUUACAUUUUCUUUUAUAAAUGAAGUCACGUGAUACAGUGAAGAGGAAGUGACUGUCGUGACUUUGUUACCCACGGUGUAACACGCCAAACAGCUGACAGUACGUGGCUUUGUUUGUACAUACAUAUUUCUAGUUUGUAGCAGAAUUUUCCUAUUACGCCACACGCGAAAAAGUGACACUCAUCGCUUCGUAGACCACCAACAAGUUUCGGUCAGGACGCUGAUAAGGCUUGACGCCGAAUCAUAUUGGACCUCUCCAUGCGUGCUCAAUGAAAGUAACUUGUGACCUCGUUGCGUAUGUAUGGUAACCCAAGGUUUCGGACAUGCGUGAACCAGACAUUUUCUGUUGUAUAGUGUUGCAUGUCAUAACUAAGUAACUCUCCAAGGAUUUAUCGUCAGAUGUAGUGUACAUAACAUCACAGUGUGUUGAGUGUAGGUACAUGCUGUUGCUAUAGAAAUAUUGCACGCGCAGUUAUGGCGACCUUGAACCUGAGGUGAAAGCGCGUCAAAGAGAAGUCGCUAGUACGAUACUAAUUAGGGGCGAUAGUAACAGUGGACCAAGAAAUGGAAGAUUACUAGUAAUGUACAGUUGUUGGAUCGACCGUGACUGGAUACAAUGAUGUCAAAUAACCUCUAAGCAAAUAUAGCCUCUAAACAAACGACAGCAAAACAAAACUCUUAAACAAGUCGGAACUUGUUACACUGUUGCAUAAUGGGAUACUUUCCGUGACGUCACACUGUUUUAGAGAAUGCAGCAAGAAUUUCCAUGGUGUAAAACAGGUUAACCACGGAAUAUAAUUAUGAAGCCAAUACGAUUAGCAGUCAUGUAAGAAAGGCUGUGAUUGGUGGAACAGUGAUCAGAAUGUGUCACCAUGACAACUGUUGUUCAUGCGAUCACACCGAUAUGUGACCGGAACCAUUGUCUACAGAGGAAGUCCAGUCUCAAGCUUUCUUAGUAGCGAGUGUCACGUGACGUCGACCCAGUCAUGAUUUGUAACACGGAGUGCGGAUCGGAAAGCCAAUGAGGCGCUGUAACGGAUCCUGAGCUGCAUGGGAACGGCUGCGCGUCGAGUUUUUUCUCUGAUAGAAUGCUCACGUUACUUGAUUUCGGAGAACUUUUGGAAACCUCGUGCAGCACUGGUCUGAAGACCACAUCAGUAUACAAAGCGUUUGACGUCUAAUGAAAGCUUUGUCUCAGAUCUACUCAACGCGACAGCACAUUUCUUUUGUGUCGAUACAUUUCGUUUCCGUGUUUGGAUGUUGUUGUGUUGUUGUUUUUUUACCAAACUCUCGAUAUAGCAAGUCGUAGUAAAAAGGGUGUAAAAGGCUGGAUGUUUAUUCCCCGGAAAACAAGUACAGUGUCUAUGUCUUAUUCAGUUUCCUGGCGUUUUUUGUUAGAUUUUACUGGAACAUGUUAAAAUGCAGACGACUGAUGGAACACGUAACUCGUACCUCUUGGUUCCAGUAUUCUUCUAAUAUAUCAGGAGGCUAGUAGAACGUCCACAGACACGUUAACAAAAACGAGUGUUUUAGGUUAUAAAGGAAGAUGUUGUGACUAAAACUAACGGGUUCCUUAAAAAACAACCACGUUAGGUCAACGUGGGAGCGGAGUCGGCGGGUUUGUUAUUAUUGUGUGUAGCCGCUGAUCACUACCAGUUAUAACCGGUAAUUUACACCUCCUCAGUCUGUACUGCAUUAGUACGCAACCAUUUAACUAACAGGAAACAACAACGUUAUAGUUCCUGUUAAAUCGUCAGAACUUUGCUGAAGUAAUAAAUAGUUACUUGUUCUGUGGACCAAACACCACAUACUUUGAGAAACAUUGCUAUAAAUAGCGACAGUUUUGUUAAAGGAAGAGAACAACGCCAUCAAAUGAGGCUGGGGAACUAUUUGACACGGCUCGCUGCUUAGAAAGAUCAAUAGAGUUCAAGACCGAGCUAUUAUAGGACGUACCAUAGGACAAUAGAACCAAUCGGCUUGAUCACGUGGUCCCUAGAUGACCCCUACGUCAUGGUUGACACUGGUCAGUGAUAUCGUAGAUCUGUAACUCACAUUAUGGUUACUUACCCGUAGUGAAAGAGAAGUAUUGGAAAACUCACAGCCCAUUAUAACAAUCGUUUUGCUGUUUAUCCUAAAACACGAACAGGUGGUUAUAAAUCUCCUCCAAUCAAAAACAACGUUAGUCGAUCCACACACCUCUCGCUGCACUGAGUGUGUGCUAGUGACACCAAACAGUUUCCUUAUUGACUUACCGCUGUCAACUCACAACAUAUCGUUUACUUUAAAUGUGCUCCUUUAAUUUAGAAACUUGUGUGUUUUCUUAAAAAUUGGUGAAUCUUACCCUUGUGAUCACUUUACAUAUUUCUAAAGGCGUUAUAGUAUAGUCGACAGGCCCUAUACGCUUAUAUGUGAAUAUUUGACUUACAUGUAUAUAAAAGAGUGCAUGGCAGUGCACAUGGUAAACCGCCUGUACCGCAAAUAGGUACGGAUUAUCGACUACUUUCUCCUGCUGAAACUGAAGACUCCAUUGAUUGGUUGAUGCGACCUGACUUGUCACAUGGUUUGCGAGGUCUAAUAAGGAUUAGAUUGAUGACAAGUAAGGAUACAGAGCACGUGCUGUUACCUGUAUGGUUCAAUAUUUCCCGGUCAGCUCAGGAACACGGAUCAGCACUGUACGUAUCUCUGAUAAGGAUUGGGACAAAUUACGUCCACUGAAUUUGUUUUAAAAUAAAUGUUUGGACUGACAUCUUGUUUUUAAUAUGACAUCAAUGGAUAUUUAACGCGCGUUGCGUUCAUUACACCAGCAGACGAGACUGGUCCACCCCUCCGCCGCUCAUAGUGUUUAAAUUACUGCGUCAUCUGUACAGGGACAGUUGUGUGAUAUAAAAGUCAUCUGUACAGGGACAGUUGUGUGAUAUAAAAGUCAUCUGUACAGGGACAGUUGUGUGAUAUAAAAGGGGGAAAGUUUGCCCUCGUUAUAACAACCUUCAUCAUGGUUUUGUGCCCCAGUUUCACGCACGUGUGGAUUUUAAUUGUGUUGAUGUUUGCCAAACUAGAGCAAAGUCAUGGUGCCACGGUCUGGGAGCUUAUACAGGAGAAUAACCAGUUACGAGAGUUGCACAGCUUCAUCCGCCAACAGAACAUGUCUCGCCUGUUUGAGCAGACUGGUAUCACCGUGUUUGCGCCAUACAGUACCGCAUUUCUAUACUACGACGAAAUGCAUUAUGGGUAUAAUAUGGCCGACCCAAAAAUGGCAGAGAGCUUUCUAUCAUUCCACAUAGCACAAGGAAUUAUACACGAAAGUGACAUCGUGGACAAUCGAGCUACAGACUCGACCCAUUCCUCCAACGCUAAGCUCCACUUCAACACAUUCACAGACGGGGACGAUCUGGUAAAAUCAGUGAACGGCGCUGUUCUCCUUAACGUAGACAUUGUGGCCUCGAACGGAGUUCUGCAUAUCAUUGACAAAGUCAUCGCCCCGAUAGCCAGCAAUAGAACUCUGCAUGACUACAUGUUGAAGCCGGAGAUGCCGAAUUUAUCCUUUGUUUCCGUUACCAGAGCGUCCAUUGUUGACAUGGGCCUGAAGAAUAGAACACGGAAUAACAACUAUCAGUUUACGGCCUUCGCUCCAAAUGACUCUGUUUUGUUCCCUAUGCCGGCCUAUGGACAAGACGUCUUGUUUGGUGACGCUUUCCUCCUACGUUCGGUAAUACAAGCUCACAUGAUCCCGGACUAUGUCCAGUUCCUGCCCAGUAGAGGGACCGUACUACCGCGGGUAGCCACUGCUGGCGCUGUAAAGUUUGAACGAAGAAAUGGAGAACUUUACGUGAUGAACAACAAGGUACGAGCCAGGGUUGUAGACGCCAACAUCCCCGUCUCCAACGGCGUCAUCCACGUCAUUGACAAUCUUCUCUAUUUCGUCUAUAUGAACAUUGUACAAAAGCUACAGGAAAUGUCGGAAACAAGGAAGGCCUUAGGUUUAUACCUCGACAAGCUACCCCUCAGUACGAAGACAAUACUGGCGAGUACAAAUAAAAAGUUCACCAUUUUUGCACCAACGGACGAAGCCUUUGCGAAAAUUCCAAGAUUAGAUCAGGAGGAAUUAUCAAACGAUUUGUCACUAUUAUCAGAGGUUCUAGAAACUCACAUCAUCCCUGACGUAGAAAUCGUCGGCUACAACAUUCCUCGAUAUGACGAGCUGACCUCCAUUAACAAUAACACCAUCCGGGUACUCCAAGUCAACAACGAGGUUUACGUAGAAGCUGGAGGAGUGCAGGCUAGAGUGGAGAUGGCAGACAUUAAAUGCACUAAUGGUAUUAUCCACCUCAUCAGCAAUGUCCUCCUCAUUCGGAACUUCUCUAUAUGGGACGCUAUCUCCGGCAACGCACAACUUCAAUACGCGGCCAAUAUGAUAUCAAAGGACCCGACAUUACAGUCCAUUCUGUCGGGGACCGCGGCAGGCUACGGACAACUGACCAUGUUUAUACCUGGUGAUGCGGGAAUAUUUAAAAUCCCCGAGAGGACUCGUAACUACUUUAGCAGCGACCCUAACGUCGUUAUAGAGGCAUUUCGGGGUCACCUGUUUCGAGGAGAGCUUCCAUCCUAUGACGUCACAUCAAUGAUUGUCAAGAAAACCAUUAGCGAUAAAGAUAUAGAAAUUGAAAUUCUAAAAGGUUUCGGCGUGACCGGAAGUCACAUCUUCGCCAAGGUCGUUGUAAUGGACAUCCUGUGUUCAAAUGGCGUUAUUCAUAUCAUCGACGACCUGUUACACGUGCCCACACGUAACAUACUGGAACAGAUGGCACGCUACACCGAUUUAGAGUUUCAGACGUCUUUUUACUCGAUGCCUAAAAUGUCGAGCCUGAGGUCCAAGUUAUGGACUGAGGAUGUGUUCUUCACCGUUUUCGUGCCUGUUGACGACGCCUUUGAUGUCGUGCCGAGAUCUCGGGUUGAUAAGAUGCUUCAGGAUGAACCAUAUAUGGAAAAGAUACUAAAGGCGCACGUGGUCCCCAACAUGAGCUUGUAUGCCGAGGAUUUCAGUGACGGCGACCUCCUGUUGGCAGAGGAGGAAUUCAUACACAUCUUCAGGGAGGGAAGCGAUGAUGUUGUAAUUAUCAACAAUAACGUGAAAGCCAAAAUACUGAAGAGCAACAUCCGGGCCACUAAUGGGAAACUGCACGUGAUAGACCGUCUGUUGUAUUUCCCUUACCUCACUGUGGCGGAAACUAUGGCAAAGGAUCCUCGCUUCAGUGCUUUCUACGACUUGAUGUCCCUGCUUGUUGAGUUCCAGUUAAUGGCUGCUGACGAUGGCCAGCAGAUGACAAUAUUCGUACCAAGCUCUACAUUCCUGGCGUCGAUAUCAACUAACGAGUCGAGCGCUAUCUUAGCCAACCCAGAAAUCUUAAGAAAGAUAUUUAUUGGCCACGUGAUCCCCGGAGCUAGACUUGACAGUAUGUACCUGAGGCAGAAAUUCGUCAGCGAGUAUGUGUAUACUGGACAGAACAGCUCUACGUUUAAAUUCGAGGACGAAACCCAAGGUGUAACAAUCAGUGCGGGCUACAGUAACCUACACCAGCCCCUGGAUAUAGUGCGGGAUGGCGUGGCGUGCAGUAACGGCAUUCUGUAUACAAUAGACGGAUUUCUAAGCUGGUCGCUCCUCAACAUUAGACAAGAGCUCGAGUCGGACGCAACACUCAACGAUACAGCACAAAGAUUCAUGGACUUUCUACCCGACGACGUUGAGGACAUUUUCGCGGACGAAGGACAAAUUUAUACCCUGUUUCUACCGGAGGAGGCUGCCCUACAGAAUAUAAAGAACGACUUCCGUCCUAACGUCACAGAUAAAGAAGGGGUAUACCGACGUCACGUGAUUAAUGGAAGUAUGGUCACACUGGCUGAUUUUAUACAGAAAGGGAACUCCAGUCACAACGAUACUACACGUGUAGACAACAUUGUGAGGGGUGAAGACUGCUUCUUGCUUUGGAAUGAAAUUGAAACCAAAAUAAUCAAAUCAAAUAUAUUAGCAAAGAACGGAAUAAUUCAUAUCGUCGAUAAAAUGUUACUGUCGAUUCCGGAACCGGAAAUAACAAGCCGGAAGGGAGCGUUGGAGCCCGGGGUGGGCGGUGCAGUUGUGAUAAAAACAAACAUUAUUCUAUUAUUGGUCACAUGUAGUAUUAGUUUAUUGAGCAUUUUCGUAAAGCGGUGAUACCAGUUUAUAUUUUAGUAAACUUUAACAGGAAAGUGUACAACAUGGCAGCAAAUUGAAAUUAAAAAGGAGCAUCUCUUGGACCAGAUUGAAUGUCGUUGUAGGCUGGAUACAUUGUCCAAAUAGAAACGGAAAAUCUCAAUCUCGAAUUAUUUUCUGAUUACAAUUUGAAAAUGUAGGAUCUAACAAUUUAAUUAAUUCUGUUUUCACAGGGAGUUAUGGACUUCGUUUUGACGAAUCCAUUUUACUUUGAAAGGAAAAAACAAUAGUUAAUAAUUAAAGAGGACUGUAGGCUAUACCGUUUGUUCGUGUCUGAUGAGAAUGUUAAUUUAUGUCAGAACGUUGAAAUGAUUUUAGAUUUAAAGUAUUUUUUGUAAAUACAGCAUUCCAAUGAUGAUGUGGGCUAAUUAUCCUGACAUGGUACGCUACAUACAUGUAACAUAUAAACAAGUUUAAAACUUAAUUCAGAUAGUUUACUGUAAACUUACCAAUUGUAUCGGUACUCUUCCUAAAGCGCUAUGAAUAUUGCAAAUAUGUAUUCCAAAGUGAUACUUAGUUGAAAUUAGAUGUUUGUUAGAAAUUUGAGGGAUCGAAAAUAAAUACGGUUUAAGAACGCCAAAUGUGUGUUUUUUAAAUUUGUUGUUAGGUGAGAAUUGUUAAUAGAAGUAGCGCCAGUUGUAAAUCAUACAUUCCGCUAGAGACAAUUGGUACGGCUGCAGAAAACUGCUUCAAUGCGUGUUAAUAUUCAUCAUAACUCUAUACGACUCAUUCUUUAAUAUACUCUAUAUUAUUGUUGAACAGAUAUUCACAUUUGUUUGAAAAAGCGUUUUACAUGAUUGUAUUCCGUAACGAAUACGGUUAUUGUAAGUGACAUAUUUUAUUCGGUGAAUCGAAGUUUCACGUGGAUAAUAUUUUGUAUAAUUUUUGACUCAGCAUAACCUUCAGGCGUUCAUCGGUAACAGUACUUGUACACUGGUUGUUGAUCACUUAUGCUAUUGCAAAUCAUCAGUAACGAUGUUUUCCGUAAUUAUUUAUUUUUAUCUUUGCAAGUCUUGUUGCUUGUCAAGAAUAUUUCGAUCAUCAAUCAGAAUAUGUACAUAUCUCUUUCUUUGUCGUUGUCGACAGUAACAUAUGGUAAGCGUGCUAAGACAUUAAAUAUGUUUUAAUGUUACUUUGUAAUUAGCAAUUUUCAAAUAAUGCCUUUACACGGCCCCGGAUUGCUGUUUAUCGUUGUUGUCUUUUCUGGUUUUGGUGUGUGACUGAAUCAUGUUUUGUAAUCGGCAUAUUUUUGUCUGUUUGUGGUCUUAACUGAAAUAUUUUUUAUGUUCGGGUGAUCAUUUGCUGAACUCUAACGGUUUUCUGUUUGUAGUAUGACUGUGUGUGAUCGUGGAGUCAGUGUAGUAUGACAGUUGGUGAUCGUUGAGUCAGUGUAGUAUGACUGUGUGUGAUCGUGGAGUCAGUGUAGUAUGACUGUGGGUGAUCGUGGAGUCAGUGGAGUAUGACUGUGUGUGUUCGUGGAGUCAGUGUAGUAUGACUUGGUGAUCCUCGAGUCAGUGGAGUAUGACUGUGUGUGAUCCUGAAUUCAGUGUUGUAUGACUGUGUGUGAUCGUGGAGUCAGUGUAGUAUGACUGUGUGUGAUAGUGGAAUCAGAGUAGCAUGACUGUGUGUGAUCGUGGAGUCAGUGGAGUAUGACUGUGUGUGAUCCUGGAGUCAGUGAAGUAUGACUGUGUGUGAUCGUGGAGUCAGAGUAGUAUGACUGUAUGUGAUCCUGGAGCCAGUGGAGUAUGACUCUGUGUGAUCGUGGGGUCAGUGGAGUAUGACUGUAUGUGAUCGUGGAGUCAGUGGAGUAUGAUUGUGUGUGAUCCUGGAGCCAGUGGAGUAUGACUGUAUGUGAUCGUGAAGUCAGUGGAGUAUGACUGUAUGUGAUCGUGGAGUCAGUGGAGUAUGAUUGUGUGUGAUCCUGGAGUCAGUGGAAUAUGACUGUAUGUGAUCGUGAAGUCAGUGGAGUAUGACUGUAUGUGAUCGUGGAGUCAGUGGAGUAUGACUGUGUGUGAUCCUGGAGCCAGUGGAGUAUGACUGUAUGUGAUCGUGGAGUUAGUUGAGUAUGACUGUGUGUGAUCCUGGAGUUAGUGUAGUAUGACUGUGUGUGAUCCUAGAGUCAACUUUUAUUUUUCUAUUUGUUAUAUCACUUGUCUUAGUCGUUGUAUCUGUUAAGCUUUCCGUUCAAUCGAAUUAUAAAGAAAACAUUUGUUUUAGGAAAUCCAUGGUCCACUGAAGCUCUACAAACCUCACGCUUUUCAAUGCAUUGUUUUGGAAUUACAGAAAACUAUCGUUUCGAGUAGUUUCUAUUGAUGUAAUACAUUUGUGAGUAAUCCACCAUUGAUAACUUAUACACUUUGAUAAUAGAUGCUAAUUGACGCUGUGAUGGGAGACUGAUAACUUUAUAUACUUUGAUAUUAGAUGUUAAUUUACGCUGUGAAGACAUCGCUUGUCAAGUUCGUAUCUGUUUUAUCACCGUCACCGGCCAAUGUGAUCUCGUUAUCAUCAGCAUUUUUUUAUGUUUCGUUGGGAUAUUGAAGAUGUAACUGUAUUUGAAUUUUGGUGAACGCGCUCAAAUUAUAGCGCACUUUCGAAUUUUAAUAGAUUAGCGCAUAUAUUAAAAGGCGCAUUAAGAACAAAAACAUCAAAGAAUAAUAGACAAUAAGUUCAAUUGGCGCGUUCAAAAUUAGCGCAAAAUGUAAAGCGCGAAAAACGCUAAUAUAAGACUACCGCUUAAAUGUGUACACUAUAAAUAAUUGAUAUUUGAAAAUUUUGUGAAAGAAAUAUUCCAUUAUCAUAAAAUAUGAAAAGAAAAACAAUACCCAAUUGUCUGUAAGUCACUUUGCUUGGUGUUGAUAUGAAUUAAACAGAUUUCAUGAUGUAUGUGAUAUUUGAGUGAACAUCACUAUCAUUUAAUUUCUAUUUUCUUUUUGAUAGUCUACGUUGUGAUUUGUAUGACCUAUAUAGAAAAACAAUAAAAAGAAUAGCCCUAUACACAUAUGUGUACGGUGUGUUGAAAAUAUAUUUACUUGUCCAGAAAUCCAAUUGAUAAUGUUGACAUUUAAUACAUUUAAAUGAACUGAACAUAUAUUACAAGCAUGGUACAUAAUCAGGACUAGUCGAUGAGAAUGUGAACGAUUGACUCUGUAUGUAAUUGUGUCCGAUAUCACAUUUUAAAUUGUAGUAUAAAACCAUGUCACCAUGUUAGUUUUGUAAUAAAAUAUUUUUUAUCGAUAAAUUGUUUUCCUAUCUAUUUAGUUUUUGUUUGAUAUUUUCAUUUUUGUGAAUAUCUCUUUUUACAGUGCUGUUCGGCCCCAAAUUACUCACAUUGCGGAUAGGCCGUUAAACAAUACGAAAACCAAAAUAUGUUUUGUAAAUUGUUCUAACGAGUGUUCCUUUAAUAAAAGACCAAUAAGUACUUACUGAAAUAUGA